CCGGGCCAGUCCCGUUACCGCAGAAAUGCGGCCCGCUCCGCCAAUUCCAGCUUCUGGCUUGACUUGGAGGCCAGAUACUGAUGGGUCCCUCCUCGCACCCGCGGCCGGCCCCUAGUCCGAGUGUCCUCAGACCCCAGGCUGGUCAUCUUCAAACAAACUACUGCCUCUUUCGCCCAGGAAGCUAUUUGUCGUUUUCACAGUGCUGCUGUGUUUUUGAAAAUGACUUCACGCAGAGAAUCCAGCUUCAGCUCCCAGGUGAAGAUGGUGAUCACAGUGACAAAGAAGAUGAACAGCCCCAAGUGGUGGUUUUAAAAAAGGGAGACCUAUCAGUUGAAGAAGUCAUGAAAAUUAAAACAGAAAUAAAGGCUGCCAAAGCAGAUGAAGAACCAGCUUCAGCUGAUGGAAGAAUUAUGUAUCGAAAACCAGUCAAGCGUUCCUCAGAUGAAAAAUAUUCCGGUUUAAGAGCAAGCUCAAAAAAGAAGAAGACAAAUGAAGAAGAUGAAAUAAAUAAGCAGGAUUCAGUUAAAAAAAACUCACAAAAGCAAAUCAAAAAUAGUAGCCUCCUUUCUUUUGACAAUGAAGAUGAAAAUGAAUAAGUGUAAAUAAAUAUUUUGGACUUAGUCUUCUUUAAGAA